UGACGUCAACUACAAAACAUUGGAUUUUGUUUGCAAUUUUCUGUAGUUGUAUUUAAUAUUAAAUAAAUGAUCUGGCGAUGAGUGAUUCUGCUUAUAAACUUAAGUACCAAAAAUAUAAAAUACGCGUUAAAACUUGGGAGAAGGAUUUUAAACGAAAAUAUUCUCGUAUUCCAUCUAAAUAUGAUAUUCGAGAGGCGCCACAAGAAAUACGAGAUUCUUACAAAAUGUAUUAUAAGUUGAAGACUUCAUUUUUGGAGGACACGUUGAAUGAUGUAUUUGAUGAUGAUGGAUUCAAUGUGUUGGAAAUCUCUCAGGAUGAAGGCCAUUCAAUUGGAAAACACCACAACAAUGAAAGUCUAGAGAUGUCCAGCAGCAUUGCAGCAUUAGUUGGCGGUAACACAGGUUCCAGCAUUCUCAAUGAAUUCAACCAGUGUGAAGAGCCAGCACGACCGAUUGCAAGGAAGGAUUUCGAAGAAAAAGUUGUUAAAGUGUUUGAUGCUGUAGAACUUUGCGAGUCAAAUGAAAAGGCAUGGGGCCCUGAAGUAAGCAAAAAACCAAUGACGAAGGAUGGAGCAAAAUGCCCACAAGAAGUUGACAAUUUAAAAAAACCCUUCUUGUCUAAUUUAUCUGCCAAACUUUUUAAAUCUACAUCAUUUAGCAAGCGCAAUCCCAGAAAAUCGCUUUCGCGUGCAAAUUCGGAAACAAAUUCGCAACUAUUGCGACAAGAAAGUGCGCCCGGUAUAUGUCAACGUCCUGAAAUACUACCCGAUUUAGAGACAAUCUUAGUCCAAAAGGCGAAAGAACAGCAAUCAGCAGCUCUUACUGCUAAUCCUUUGCUUUCAG